AUUGGCAAAAAAGAAACUGCACAACCAGACAGGCUCUCCUGUGUCGAUAAUGGAAAAGGUUUUAUGUUCUGUCCACGGCACCCCGUGCAUGCUGAAGACAGGCGUGAAAGAUGGACCAAAUAAAGGGAAAAGCUUCUACGUCUGCAUUGACAAGCAAGGUUGUGAUUUCAGCCAAGUGGCAAGCGCCCCACCGUCCCACUGCCUCCAUCAUGAAGACGCGAUGGUGGAACUGCAAGCUCUCACCUACAAUCAACAGCAGCAGAGCCACAGAUUGUUCUACCGGUGCAUUGUGGGCAAGAAGGCCGGGCAGAGGUGGUGUGGAAAUGUUCCUUGGACCGCACCCGACAAGGAGAAGAGGAACCCUCUGUCCAGCCGACAGCUGCAGCCCUCCUGCCUGCCGCCGGUCCGAAACCCCUUCAAGGCCCCCGGCAAGACGGACAAGGACUCAGAGUGGAGGAGGGUGCAGAGCGGAGGAGACAAGGAGAGAAGAGGAGAGGAGGACGACGACAGCCGGGCGAGUCGCAAAGUCGAAGGAGGAGAGAGCGAUCAGAAAUCAGAUGUGGAGAGCAGAAAUGCAGGAGAGGAGAAGGAGGAGAAGUCCAAGUUGAAUCCGUCACACACAUAUGCAGGUAAACCGCUGCCGCCGGGGAUGAAGAUCAAGAAGAGAGUUUCAGACGAGGAGAGAAACAGAGAGAGCAAAACAGAGGUUGAGACGCAAGAUAAGAGUAAAGAAAGCCGUAAAGCUGAGAGAGACGGGGAGGAAAAACAUUCUACCUCGAGCGUCAAGUCUCCUCAAGCCGAUGAAACACGUGAAACCUCAAAGGAUCCUCACAAGGAUUCAACCCUUCAGUCCACUGCUGCCUCCAAAGCUGCUGAAAUAAACUCUGGGAAAGAGGCCGACGCUGAAAUGAAGAAAACUCCCAGAGACACCGCCGCCACCCAAACCCCAGCACAGCCAGACGCCGCUCCCGCCAAAGAUCGACAAGACAAACCGAGACCUGACAGCCGACACGACAAGCCGCAGAACACAGACGCUAAAGGGUCUAAAGGGUCUAAAGUCACCACUCAGUUUGGGGAGUUUAGUGACGACGGCGGUGAUGAUGAUGAUGUACAGUUUGUGUCAGCGAAGCCGGCCGCUCAGAAGACGCCGCCUGUGACCGCCGUCCAAAAGACCCUGACCUCCUUCCCAGGAUUCCAGCCGGCCUCCCAGGUCAAAGGUCAGCAGGACGACCCCCAGGGGCUGCGCAGCUUGCUCUCCGCCCAGCUCAAACAGAAAAAGACCACGCUGUCGGUGGUGAAUGUGUCGGCUCUGCCUGACAAGGGACAGAGGCUGAGGACUCAGGUCAAAGAGCUGGAGGAUGCGCUGGAGUCUCUGAGCCUCACUGCCGCCUCUCAGCCAGAGUCUCAGGCCGGGCGUAGCAGCGGUGAUGUCGGUGCGGCGCCAUCUCAGGCCCAGAUGAACCCGUUCAGCCGGCCGGGGGGGACAGUCCUCCUGCCAGCGCCUCCCCCGGCCCCCCAGCAGGCCUCAGGCAGCUCUCUGGGCCUGCAGCUCAGCCAGGGAUACAGCCAGAUGUACGCAGCCAACCCUCAGGCCCAGGGGUUCUACGGCGGCAGGAUGACCGACGACCGUCAGCAGGCGGUGAGGAACGCCACCAGCGAGGCCAUCGACCACCUGCACCGAUCCCUGGAGUCGUGCCCCGGCCCCGAAACCGAGACCCCCGACCCCAAGGGCCUCAAGGUGUCUCUGCUGCCCCAUCAGAGGAGAGCUUUGGCCUGGCUGCUCUGGAGGGAAACGCAGAAGCCCUGUGGAGGAAUUCUGGCGGACGACAUGGGUCUGGGGAAAACCCUGACCAUGAUCGCUCUCAUUCUGGCCAUGAGGAGGAAGGUGAAGGAGGAGGAGGAGAAGGAGAAGGAGGAAAACAAGAAGCUGGAGAGCUGGAUCUCCAAGAGCGACUCCAGCCUGGUGCUCUCUAAAGGCACUCUGAUCAUCUGUCCCGCCUCCCUGGUUCACCACUGGAAGAAGGAGAUCGAGCGUCACGUCAAGAGCGGCAGGCUGAGUGUGUACCUGUACCACGGCCCCAACCGCCAGAGGAGCGCCAGAGCGCUGGCGGACUACGACGUGGUGGUGACCACGUACAGUCUGGUGUCCAAGGAAAUCCCUGUGCAGAAGGACGAGGCAGAGAAACCCAGCAAGGAUAAAGAUGAUUUGCCUCCUGACUCGGGCCCCCUGAUGCGGGUGGCCUGGGCCCGCAUCGUCCUGGAUGAAGCCCACAACAUCAAGAACCCCAAGGUGCAGACGUCCAUGGCCGUGUGUCGGCUGAGGGCGCGUGCACGCUGGGCCGUGACGGGCACGCCCAUCCAGAACAACCUGCUGGACAUGUACUCACUGCUCAAGUUCCUGCGUUGCUCUCCGUUCGAUGAGUUCAAGCUGUGGAAAGCUCAGGUGGAUAACGGCUCCAAAAGAGGAGGAGAGCGGCUCAACAUCCUGACCAGGACUCUGCUGCUGCGGCGCACCAAAGACCAGCUGGACUCCACAGGGAAACCACUGGUGUCUCUUCCUGAUCGUACCUGUGAGGUGCAUCGGCUGAAACUGUCCGAGGACGAGCAGGCCGUGUACGACGUGGUGUUCGCCCAGUCCAGGUCGACGCUGCAGAACUACCUGAAGAGACACGAGGGAAAAGAUCUGGACAAGGGAAACGCCUCCGCUGGCAAUCCAUUCGACAAAGUGGCCCAGGAGUUCGGCAUGUCCCAGUCGAGCUCCGUGUCUGUGUCGAGCUCCCAGCAGCCCCAGCAGGCGUCCAGCACCGUCCACAUCCUGUCUCUGCUGCUGCGCCUGCGACAGUGCUGCUGCCACCUGUCUCUGCUCAGGAAGACGCUGGACCAGGUGGAGCUGCAGGCUGACGGGAUCGUCCUGUCGCUGGAGGAGCAGCUCAGCGCUCUGUCGCUGUCCGGCGGCCCCUCGCCGUCCGGCCCCGACCCCACGGACACCGUGGCCCUCAACGGCAGCCGCUUCCCCUCCAGGAUCUUCGAGGAGGCCAGCCAGAGCACCAAGAUUUCUGCCAUUGUGUCCGAGCUGAAGGCGAUCAGAGAGACGAGCGACAAUCAGAAAAGUGUGAUCGUGUCCCAGUGGACCAGCAUGCUCCACAUCGUGGCGGUCCACCUGCAGCGGAUGGGCCUGAGGUACGCCGUCAUCGACGGGACGGUCAACCCCAAACGCCGCAUGGACCUGGUGGAGGAGUUCAACACCAACCCCAAAGGACCGCAGGUGAUGCUGGUUUCUCUCUGUGCCGGAGGAGUGGGGCUCAACCUCAUCGGCGGGAACCACCUCUUCCUCAUGGACAUGCACUGGAACCCGGCGCUGGAGGACCAGGCAUGCGACCGCAUCUACAGAGUCGGACAGCACAGAGACGUCACCAUCCACAGGUUUGUGUGUGAGGGCACGGUGGAGGAGAAGAUCUCCACGCUGCAGCAGAAGAAGAAGGAGCUGGCGCAGAAGGUGCUGUCAGGAACAGGAAGCUCCUUCACCAAACUGUCUCUGGCCGACCUGCGGCUCAUCUUCGGCGUCUGAGGCGACGCGCCGGGAGAAGAGCCUCCGGGCCGCAAAACACAGCACGUCCUGCAAAACACAGGCUCCGCCCACAGAGGGAGCUGCCGCUUGUGGCCCAAACUUAAACGACAUGGAUCCAGACUGGAAACCUCAAAGCGUCUGUGAUCCAUGUUUUUACUUGAAGUUGAGCUACAUCUUCACUGUUAAAUUAAAACUAAACACACCAGGCCUUCAUUUCAUCUGCCUUAACAGGCCACUUCCUGUUGCUCUUUUUUGUUAUUCUGCCUGUUCAUAAUGUCAGAACUGUCACAAACACUGACGCUUUGAAACCUGAGAACCUGUGUUUUAUUUUGAAAGGGUUUAUUUGACUAUGUACAGAAUUCACUUCAUUUCUUUGUAUUUUAUUUUAUUCUAUUUUAUUCUAUUCUAUUUUCUAUUCUAU